AUGUCUGACGAAGGAGAAGAAAGCGACAGCGGCGAACGAGCGCAGCUCCCCGAGUGUCCCUCCCCGCCUCUCUCACUCGGUCCUCCGGGAGGCUCUCCUUCCUCUGCGCGGCCCCCGGAGCUCUGCUCCUCCGCGUCUCCGCUGCUGGGGGAUCAGGAGCCACCUCACCUCGUCUCUUCGGAGCACCUUUACCUGUCUCCCGGGCGCAAAAAGCCGGGGGACCCGAUACGCUUCACCCCGCCGAAGUUCCGCCACCGGCGCGACGCGCGGCUCGCAGCGGCGGAGGACCGCUGCGAUGACGCUUUCCCCAAGCACGGCGGAGGAGACGCCGGCCCCGUUCAGCACCGCGGACAGCGCUUCCCUGCCGCCGAUUAUGGAAACCACUACUCGGCUCAGCUCGUAGACGCAGAGUUUAACUCCGAAAACCGGCAUCAGCAAACGGUGGAGGCCAUGCAGCGCCGCCACACCACGCUGAGGGAGAAGGGGCGUCGCCAGGCUGUGAGAGGCCCCGCCUACAUGUUCAACGAGCGCGGCUCAGCCCUCACGGCAGAGGAAGAGCGUUUCCUUGAUGCCGCCGAGUACGGAAACAUCCCCGUGGUCCGCAAAAUGCUUGAGGAGUCCAAAACCCUGAACUUCAACUGUGUGGACUACAUGGGCCAGAAUGCAUUGCAGCUGGCGGUGGGCAAUGAGCACCUGGAAGUGACUGAGCUGCUUCUGAAGAAGGAGGGUCUCGCAAGGAUCGGCGAUGGUCUGCUGCUGGCCAUCUCCAAGGGUUACGUGCGCAUCGUGGAAGCCAUCCUGGCCCACCCUGCCUUCAGGGGGGGUCUCCGUCUUGCUUCAAGCCCCCUUGAGCAGGAAAUGCGUGAUGACGACUUUUACGCCUACGAUGAGGACGGCACACGCUUCUCACACGACAUCACACCUGUCAUCCUUGCCGCCCACUGUCAGGAGUAUGAGAUUGUCCACAUCCUUCUGACCAAGGGGGCUCGCAUCGAGAGGCCCCACGACUACUUCUGUCAGUGUGCCGUGUGUGUCGAGAAGCAAAAGAAGGACUCCUUUAGUCACUCGCGCUCUAGGAUGAAUGCCUAUAAAGGUCUGGCAAGUGCCGCCUACCUGUCGCUCAGCAGUGAAGACCCCGUACUAACGGCCCUGGAGCUAAGCAACGAGUUGGCAAGGCUGGCUAACAUUGAGACAGAGUUUAAGAAUGACUACCGGAAGCUGUCUAUGCAGUGUAAGGACUUUGUUGUGGGGGUGUUGGACCUCUGUCGAGACACGGAGGAGGUGGAGGCCAUAUUGAACGGCGAUGUGGACCAAUGUCCCCCAAGCCCCUACAAUCGACCCUGCCUCAGCCGUGUCAAACUGGCCAUCAAGUAUGAGGUCAAGAAGUUUGUUGCACAUCCCAACUGCCAGCAGCAGCUGCUGACUAUCUGGUAUGAGAACCUGUCUGGAUUGCGGCAGCAGUCCAUAGUGGUGAAGUGCUGGACAGUGCUGGGAGUCACUGUGGGUCUACCCUUCCUGGCCAUCGCCUAUUGGAUAAUUCCCUGCAGCAAGCUUGGUCAGAUCCUGCGGAGUCCCUUCAUGAAGUUUGUAGCCCACGCCGUCUCGUUCACCAUCUUCUUGGGCCUGUUGGUCAUCAACGCCUCGGACCGCUUUGAGGGCGUCAAGAAUCUGCCCAAUGAGACCAUCACAGACCACCCCCGGCAGGUGUUCAGGGUUAAGACCACGCAGUUCUCCUGGACCGAGCUGCUGAUCAUGAAGUGGGUGCUGGGUAUGAUAUGGUCAGAGUGUAAGGAGAUCUGGACUGACGGACCCAGGGAGUAUGUCAUGCACCUGUGGAACGUUCUAGACUUUGGCAUGCUGUCCAUCUUCGUGGCAUCCUUUACGGCACGCUUCAUGGCCUUCCUCAAGGCAUCCAAGGCCCAGCUGUACGUGGACAUGCACGUACCAGACGAAAACCUCAGUAGUGCCUCACUGCCUGAUGACGUGGCCUACUUUACUUAUGCCAGGAACAAAUGGCGUCCAUCGGACCCUCAGAUCAUCUCGGAGGGUCUGUACGCCAUCGCCGUGGUGCUGAGUUUCUCACGCAUUGCCUACAUCUUGCCGGCCAACGAGAGCUUUGGGCCCCUGCAGAUCUCACUGGGCCGCACUGUCAAGGACAUCUUCAAGUUCAUGGUCAUCUUUAUCAUGGUAUUUGUUGCCUUCAUGAUUGGCAUGUUCAACCUGUACUCCUACUAUCUGGGGGCCAAGUACAACCCUGCCUUCACCACGGUGGAGGAGAGUUUCAAAACUCUGUUUUGGUCUAUCUUCGGGCUAUCGGAGGUGAUUUCAGUGGUGCUGAAGUAUGACCAUAAAUUCAUAGAAAACAUCGGCUAUGUGUUGUAUGGAGUCUACAAUGUCACUAUGGUUGUGGUUCUUCUCAACAUGCUCAUUGCCAUGAUCAACAGCUCCUACCAGGAGAUAGAGGAAGAUGCAGAUGUGGAAUGGAAGUUUGCUCGAGCCAAACUGUGGCUCUCCUACUUCGAUGAGGGCCGCACUCUGCCUGCCCCCUUCAACCUGGUGCCCAGCCCCAAAUCCUUCUACUACUUGGUCCUUCGGAUCAAGGCCUGUAUGGUACACCUCUGCAAGGCCAACGGCCAUCGGCAUGACAGUGAGGUAGAAAUGGGCAUGCUCAACUCGCAGCACAAGGCUGAGCGCUUCAAGUCUAAGCCUCAACCACAGGAAGAGUUUAUCCCCAGAAAACCCAUCAAACACCCCACCAGAUAUCAGAAGAUCAUGAAGCGCCUAAUCAAGCGCUAUGUGCUCAAGGCUCAGGUGGACCGAGAGAACGACGAAGUCAAUGAAGGAGAGCUGAAGGAGAUCAAGCAGGACAUCUCCAGUCUCCGCUAUGAGCUCCUGGAGGAGAAGUCCCAGGCCACUGGGGAGCUGGCCCGCCUCAUCCAGCAACUUGGCGACAAGUUUGGCAAGAACACCAAGAGACACUGA